GAUAGUCAAUUCGUUCGGGAUUCAGUACUGCAAUAGUUUCAUCAUGUGAUCCUGGUUUACUUAAAUGAAGUCUUUCGUCUUAAAAAGGUGUUUCAUAUUUAGUGGUGUUUUACUGAGAGCCUUUUCCAGCAUGUCCUGCCGAGAGAAUCAUGUGAUUUGGAGCUCAGGACCCCUGGAGGCAUACCUGCAUCCUUCUCCAUGGACUCCAGGUGCCACUAUCGUGACCUACAAUCCUCCUAAAACCCCAAACAACCUUUUCCACUUAUCGGAAUCCUUCUUCCUUCGUCUUCUCCUGGGAGCUCGAGUAGUCGGAGAUCUCCUCUGCAAGCGCCUCGGGGUCCAGCGCUGCGCUCUCGUUCACAGGCCCGAUUGUGAGCACGGCACACCCGCAAACCUGCUUCUUCUUCCUCUUCAUGGCUUGGAGGACACCUGGAGGCCGCAUCUUGCUCCUGAGGAAGUCUUUCAGCCUCAAGAUCCUGGUUACAUAACUUCAAAAAGCGGCCCACGCUGGACCGAUCAUAACCUGGAAACUGUUAAGGAUAGAAUUCGGGCAAAACUUCCUUCUCUUGAAGCUUCUAUCGACUACACGUUCCUUGGAGAAGCGUCACACCCAGGAUUGUUUUCUCGUAUCGUUCGAGGAGAGGAGAAGCAGUGGAGGGUCUGGGAGGAUGAAGGCCACAUCGCCUUUCUCACACCGUUUCCAAACACUCCAGGGAUCACGGUGGUGAUUCCUCGUAAACCGCUCACCAGUGACAUCCUCCGCCUCGAGGAUGGAGAUUUCACAGAGCUGGUGCUGGCAACCCGGAAAGUGGCGAGGCUGUUAGAAGAAGCUCUGGGAGCAUGGGGGGUGGGGGUCAUAUUUGAAGGGUAUGAGAUUGACUACGCUCAUGCUAAACUGAUUCCUCUGGUUUUGUCGCAAGGCAACGCGACACAGAGCGCAGUGUGUUCAGUACCAGAGUUUUAUGACUUGUAUCCCGGGUUUGUGAGCUCAGCUAAUGGACCCUCAGCUACUUCUGAACAGUUAAAACAGAUCCAUGACAAAAUCACUAAAACAUCAUAGAAUUGAUGUUUAAGUCUAUGUCUCUUUUUUUUUUAAAUUACCUUUCUUUUGUCUUUGUCCUUCUACACAUUUGACUGCAGAUUUGAGGCCUACAUUUUGCAACUGCUCAGUUCGUUGCUUUGACUGGCCUCAACAUUUUUGUGAACUCAAAAUGGACAGCAUAUAUACAGAAUUAUUAAUGUUUAAAUACCAAAAUACUUUUAGUUUUCAUUGGUUUUUCCACCAAAAUGAUUUAUGUAUUUGUUGAAAUAAUUCAUCUCAAUGUAAACUAGAUGUAAUAUUGACCUUCACUGUAUUUAAGUGAACAUCGCUCUCUUUCUUGUAUCUGUGUUGUGCUGCAUUCAUGUCAAUUGUUUCAUGUUGCUGUUAAAUGCUGACAUCUGAUUGGUCAGAAGGUGCCCAAUCACAAGUGUAUACAUACUUGCUUGCAAAUUACUUACUAAAUGACAAAUUACAGAUAAAUCUUUCCAUUUGGCUAAUAUAUGAUAAGCCUGACUUUUGACAGCAUGUAGUGUAUAAGUGCUUUCUUACUUAUUCUGGCUUAAAACACACUGGGCCACGAAGGCAGUGUCUGACAGGCAGUAAUGUGUGACAGAUUCCUAAAUUUUAAAAUCCAUGUGCACCAUAUUGUCCAUGAUCAAUGUUCAAUCUUUUCAUGUUUUCCUCUCAUAUUUAGAGGGAAGGUUAUAAUGCCUUAUAACACUCGACCGAUCGACAUGGGAGAUCAAACACAGCAACAGGAAAUCCCUCCCACUCUGAUAGUGUAGCUAUUUUUGCUCUCUGCUCCUGGUGUCUUCUGAAGAUGGGACAAUGAUAGAGACCUACUGUAUCUCAGUAUAUCUCUCUUAUAUCUCUAUACGUUUUCUUUCUUAUUCUGUUUUCUCUGUCUAUUGGGAGUAUUUUUGUUAGCAAUGCUAGCACGUUUGCAUGUGAAUAUUGUAUUAUGUAAUGACAUUUUGUAAAUAAUAGGUAUGUUUUUUUAGAGCUCUCAAUGAGGCUUAUCAGUAAUUGUAAUUUUUAAGGUUUUGGUUUGGAUUAAAUAUUUAAUUCUGGACA